AUGGCGGACGACACUGUAAGCAGUGAAAGCGACAACAUACGGAUUGCCUCCACGUUCCUGCUGCAUUCGCCUCCCGGCGAGUUCAAUGAAGUUUUCAACGAUGUGCGCAUGUUGUUGAACAAUGAUUCGCUGCUGAAGGACGGCUGCGCUGCAGCGUUCGCGCAGUACAACAAGGAGCAGUUCAUGCCUGUCAAAGUGGAAGGCGAAGCCGACAGGUACAUUGAAGGGCAUUAUGAAGAAACAGGUAUAGCAGCAGUGUUCGUAAACAACGAUGCGUUAACUUUAUGCAUUGAAAGCCAUCGAUAUCAGCCCAAGAAUUUCUGGAACGGACGGUGGCGUUCGCAGUGGGCAGUGCCAUUCGCGGAUGGAAAAACCGAGCAACGUGAAAUUAAGGGGAUAAUUAAAGUACAUGUGCAUUAUUACGAGGACGGCAAUGUUCAGCUCGUAUCCUCUAAAGAAAUCACUGCCAAAGUUACAUUCUCUGCUGAUUUUUCGCAGGCCGCAAAAGAUGUAUUGAAGACCAUAUGGGAUGAAGAAGCAAAAUACCAAGCUGAUUUUUCGCAGGCCGCAAAAGAUGUAUUGAAGACCAUAUGGGAUGAAGAAGCAAAAUACCAAGAUGCAGUGCAAGAAAACUAUCAGCAGAUGUCAUCUACAACAUUUAAAGCUCUUCGUCGUCAGCUUCCUGUCACAGGCGUCAAAUUUGAUUGGAACAACGCACACGCAUACCGGAUUGGCAAGGAUUUGAAACCUCAGUAG